GUCAUGCACUGCAGAGGACGGCCCAGAUAAAAGGAAACUUGGACCAUGCGUUCCUCGUCUCUCUCUCAAGAAAUCCAGUACAAAACUUGAUAUAAUGAAGAGGGAAUGAAAAGUUUCAGAGUAAAGUGAGAAAACCCAACAUCCAUGGCUCUGCAAUUGAGCAACUUGGGUUUCUGUGUUUUUCAAAGGAGAGGAAAGAAACAGUUGAUAAAAGCUUCUUCUGCAACUGAUAAUGUCGCCACAGUGAGUAAAGAGGAAGAAGAGAGAGAAGGGAAGGUUAAGGUUGGUGGGUCCGAAUUGAAGGUCACCAAGCUUGGGAUAGGGGCCUGGUCAUGGGGGGACACAAGCUACUGGAACAAUUUCGAAUGGGAUGAUAGGAAAAUGAAGGCCGCCAAAGCUGCCUUUAAUGCAAGCAUUGAUGAUGGCGUUACUUUUUUUGACACUGCAGAGGUUUAUGGAUCAAGGCUCUCAUUUGGUGCUGUGAAUUCCGAAACGUUGCUCGGAAGGUUUAUAAAGGAAAGAAAAGUGAGAGAGGCAGAAGUGGAUAUAGCAGUGGCAACCAAAUUUGCUGCUUUGCCAUGGAGAUUAGGCCGAGGGAGUGUUGUUCCUGCUCUGAAAGAAUCACUAGCUCGUCUCCAACUUCCCGUUGUAGAGCUCUACCAGCUACAUUGGCCAGGAAUAUGGGGAAAUGAAGGGUACAUUGAUGGAUUAGGUGAUGCUGUGGAGCAAGGCCUCGUAAAGGCUGUUGGUGUGUCAAAUUACAGUGGCUUACAAUUUGCCACAGAGAAGCGUUUAAGAGAAGCGUACAAUCAGCUAAAGAAGCGCGGAAUUCCUCUGGCUUCGAACCAGGUGAAUUACAGCCUUAUAUACAGAGCACCAGAGGAAAAUGGGGUGAAAGCUGCCUGUGAUGAACUGGGCAUCACUUUGAUUGCUUACUCUCCCAUAGCCCAAGGUAUUCUUACGGGAAAGUAUACACCAGAAAACCCUCCCAGUGGUCCACGAGGCCGCAUAUACACACCAGAGUUUCUCACUCAGUUGGGUCCAUUACUGGAUCAAAUCAAGGAAAUUGGGCAGAAAUAUGGGAAGACCCCAACUCAGGUUGCCCUGAACUGGUUGAUAGCUCAGGAGAAUGUGAUCCCUAUCCCUGGUGCAAAGAAUGCAGAACAGGCUAAAGAGUUUGCAGGUGCUCUCUGUUGGAAACUCUCAGACGACGAGGUCUCAAAGCUUCGGUCUUUGGCUUCAACAAUAAGACCAGUCAUUGGAUUCCCAGUCGAGAGAUUGUAGCUCAGUAUACAAAUUACCAAUAUGUUUGAAAUUACAGUUGAUAGAACAAAGAUUGUAAUUACAGUUGUUUGAAAUUACCAAUAUGUUUGAAAUUACAGUUGAUAGAACAGUUCAGAUUACAAAUGCAUCCCCUCUACCCCGGUGGGUAUUCCUCUCUCUCGGGCACUGAGGAUUAUAUGUCUAUAAAUGUUGAUAUGCCAUAAUGCAUAACAUUUCUA